AUGCGUGAGCACGCGCUUGCUCUGGAGAGGCAGGUAGACGCGCGAGAGGCCGAGGCGGCGCGGCACGCGGAGCGGCGGGAGGAGCGGCGGCGGCGGCGCGAGGGGCGGCAGCGGGAGGCUGGGGGCGGCGGCGGCAAUAGGGACGGGGAGGGCGGCGGGGCGGCGGUGGAGGUGGAUGCGGCUGAGAUUGCGGGGCAGGUGCGGGGCUUCCUGCAGCACCUCUCGGGCUACGAGGGCGCGGAGGUCCCGCAGCCAAGAGGUGGCGGCGGCCCGGGCAGCCCAGGCGCAGCAGCAGCAGGAGCAGCAGCAGCAGCACCAGGGGCGGCCGGGCGCAGCGGCGACGUGCGCUUCGACCCUGAGGGGUUCCUGGCCAACCUCGCGGCCGCGAUGGGGCCGGGGGGCGGCGGCGGCGACGGCGGGCCGGCUGCGGUGGCGGGCCUGGAAGCGCUGUUGGGCGGCCUGAAGCAGGCGGCCGCGGCCGCGGGCGUUGACGUGGGGCAAGGGUUUGGAGACGAGGACGAGGAGGAGGAUGAGGGGUGGAGCUCGUCUGAGGAGGGGUCCUCGUUUUUUGGCAGCGGGUCCGAGUCGGGUAGCGAGGGGGCGGACGAAGAGGACCGGCAGCAGCACCGGGCAGGGCCGCAGCAGGGGCAGCAGCGGCAGCGGCAGCAGCUGCCGGACAACUGGCUGGAAGUGCCGCAGCCGCCCGCGUCGGCCGCGACGGCACGCGGAGCCUCUGCGGCAGCUGCGCCCCGCGCCGGCGCCAGGGGCGGCCCCGGGCCCCUGCCGCCGCGGCUGGCGCGGCUGCAGGAGUUGUGGGAGGUGCGCACCGCCACUGACAGCGACGACGACGGCGCCGGUUCCGCCGGGUCCUCCGCGUCGGACGACCAGCUGUCCAUCGGCGGGGACGACGCUGACGAGGAUGCUGACGAGGACGAGGACGGGGGCGGCUCGGGCUUCGAGGACGCGUAUGCAGAGGCCCUCGACGCUGAGCUGGCGGCCACGCGGCUCGCAGACAGCUUCGAGCGCGCGCCGCCGGCCGGCGACAGCUCCGCCACUGCCGCUGCGGCGGGGGCAGAAGAAGGGGGCGGGCCUGGUGCGGCGGGCCUGCGGCCGGUGGACCUUGAUUUGAACCUGGUGAAGAGCCUGAUGGCGUCGUAUACCAGCCAGGGCGGCCUGCCGGGGCCGGCCAGCAACCUGGCGGGGCUGCUGGGGCUGACGCUGCCCAAUGAGGAGGCCGCGGGCGGCGGCGGCGGCGGAGGGGACCGGCGGUGA